GCAGACUGCACAGCUAAUCUGGAACGACACUACUCCCAUGCAUUAAACCCCCUUUUCACAGAACGUGGUUCAUAUUAUUCUAAAAUUCAACUUCCAGGGUAUACAAAUGCUGUAUCUGCCAGGACAUGUUUUCUGACCUCUAAAAUUUCCGGUGUCAUCUGAGAAUACACGACAAGAUUGCCACCUACACAUGUGACAUGUGUCCCUUUAUGGUGUUUGGAGAGAGGAAGCAGUAUAUCAGCCACCUAGAGGACCAUGAGCUUGCCAAGGACUCGUACAUACCUGGACAUACCCUACGUCUCCCAUGCUUUGUAUGCAAGAAGGAUUUCCCUGACAGGGCUUCGCUGCGCAAACACCAGAACUACUACCACUCAGAGAAGUGCUUCACGUGCGCGCUGUGCGGAAAAGCCUUCGUCGAGUGGGCAAAGUUACAGCGCCAUCAAAUAACGCAUACAGGCAAGAAAGAGUUCCAGUGUACGUAUUGUGAUAAAUCAUUCGGGCUGAAGCACAAUCUCCUUGCGCAUAUGUACAUUCACACAAAGUACAAGCCUUGGGAAUGCAGUAUCUGUAGGCGGAAGUUUGGACAUAAAGUUUGCCUAAACCGGCAUUUGAAAGUGCACGAGGGGUUCUCGGUGGAAUAUUUGUAAACUGGUUGAGGCAAAAGCGAGUUACAUUGAUUACUUAAUACAGUGAAAAUAAUUCAUAAAUGUCAUUGGGAUAUGAUCCUUUUAAACGGACCCUGUUUACAUAAAGAAAACUGUCAAUAGAAGUUAAGUGAUUUUGGAUUUAAGAUUUACGCCUAGACUGGGUUUUUGAUAAGAAGGGACUUCCUUUAAACAAAUAAUACCAUUAAAGCCGAGUUUUGUCCCUAGUUAGCCUGUGCAGACUGCAGAGACUACCCUUGGAAAACACUGACGCAAAUGCAUGAAGCCCCAUUUGCCCAGAAUUCAUGAUUACUUAACCCAAAGUCUGAUUUUUUCCAUUGUAAUUUUUCUUGAUGAAACAGGUUCUGUUCAGAUGGGCAUUGUCCAAAAGCCUUUAACUUUAUAAACAAUUGAUAUCACAAAUUGCAGAUUUUGUUUCUUAGUGUUGAAUACGACUGAAAGAUUGUAAUGUUAUGAAAAAAUUUUCCCAUUUGAGAUGAUAUAUUAUAGAAUAUACUUUUCUCGAUUGAUAAUUUUUCCCAAAUCCUCAAAUGCAUAAAAAUACAGACCUAAUCUGUAAUUGUCAAUCUUGAAUGACUUAUUUGCCAAUUUAUAAUAAUUAACAUCAUUUAAAUAUCAAAUAGUACAAUUUUUCAUUCAUAACUGCCUUUUUGAAAUUUCUCAAAUACUAAGAUAUUGCAUGCAAUAUUCCUCAUUGAUUGGUAGGGGACUUGUUUCCCAUGGAGUAAAUUAAAUCUAAAUUUAAAGUUAGCCAGAUAUUUGUUGUAGGCUUUAAAGCCCAUAAACACUCAAAAUCAACGAAUAUUUCGUACAAUUUUUUGAAAAAUAAAGUUGACGCAUAACAAAUCAAUGUUUCUUAUAGCAAUAGCCAGAAUUUCAACGCCAGAUGUGGUCUUAUUUUUGUGUGUCACAAUAUACCGUAUUCCAUGUGAAUUUCUGACUACGAAAUAUUUUGCGAAAUCUUUGUUGUUUUUAAGUAUUAAUGUUACUUCAAACCAUGCAAUUGUUCUUGGGCCUAGCUAAGGAUAUUUUAUCAUGACAGUUUCACCUCACUUAAAUCUGAAUUGAUGACGACAUGAAAAGAAAGUUUGAAAUUGUGUUUAUAUAAUGUAAAAAAUCAUGUUUAUAUUAUUAACAUCAAACAAAUUAGGAAUUGAAAACAGUUUGGGAAAUACAUGUAUUUGGGAAAUGGCUGAUUUGAAGCCAUUAUAAUGUUGUUUGUUGUUAUGUUAAAAGACUGUUGACAGAACUGCUCAAACAAAUGUAUGUGUUUUCUGUUCUGUAGUAAUUAUUAUUUAUGUUAUAUUCCUCUCCUGAUGUUUCUGAAGUUUGAUUUGACGUAACUUUUUCAGAGCUUUAUUUCAAAUAUAAUUUAAGAUUUUAUCAUUGGUGUAUAGAUUUCAAAGUGCAAUCUACACGAACUACAUGUAUAACCCUACACUUGCUUGUUAUUGCCCUUUAUUGUUUUUGUUUGAUGUAACUUUUCAGGGCUAUAUCUCAGAUACUAUACACAAUUGCAGCAUGAAAAUUCAUGGGUGUAUAGAUAUCAAUGAGGAGAAGGGCUAUGUACAAGAACUAUAGCCAUAAACUUUCUUGAAAAUUAUCAACUUGUGUUGUCUUUGUAUAAUGUAACUUGAGUUUUUCUGGAUAUAAAAUUAUUUUUAAGUUAAGACCAAGAUUGAGAUUGAGGGUUUGUUUUAACAAAUUUCUUUGCAAAAUCUAAGUUCUACUAACUAUCUUACCUGGUGUUGUGGGUGAUUGACAUUUAAUAUCAAGGGUUUAAUAGUAUUACUUCCAGAAAACCAAACUGUUUGUCCUACCAGCAAUAACUUAAUGGAUCCGAAAAUAAGCUGCAGAAAUUCAAGUCCCUUUAAUCUUGUUUAUCUGGAAAACUGGAACCUUUAGACAUAAAAUUGAUGCAUUAAAGCUUUUAGAGCAGGUGUUAUAUGAUACCUCCGGACAUUCAAGUACUUCUUAAGAUUUUACCAAGUGGCUUUUAAAUACCGGCCCUCAAUUUUGUACUUAAAUUCUUGGCUUCAGCGUAAAAUAAAUUUUAAAUCCAGAAAUACAUAGGUCAAUUAUGUCCCAUAUUAUAUUUCAUAACAUUAAAUAUUAAGAAAUAAAAUAGCAAUACACACUUGUUGUUUGUUAUAACUUGUUAGACAUUUACUAACUAGGGGGAGAAAAGCAUGUUUUGUUAGAAUGUAUUAAUUAUUUAUAUAUAGAAAUAUAUGAGAAAGAAAUUCUUCAAACAGUGUAACAAAUGAGUAUCUUAUACCCUAGCGCUUUCGACUAUAGGUCUUCUUAAGGGGUGUAUACAGAUAUGAGUUAACGAUUCUCCAGUUCGAAUGCACAGUAGAACCAUUGUCUUGUUAAAACGUGCAGCCACAGGAAACACUUUUACGCUCAUUAAAGCCAUGUGCUUAAGACUGGUGCCCGCGGUGUUUAUGAUAUCGAUGAAAUUGUAAAAAUUGAGGUUAACUUUUUGAAAUUCAGUUUUGUUUUUAUAGUUAUGGGUCGUUUUAUUUGUUAUAUUUACUUAUUUACGCAAAUUAAAAUUGUGUUCUAGACUGACGCCCGUGAUA